CUAUCCUGAACCCAAAGCAGCCCAAAGAAACACCAAAAAGCUUCAGCUUUGACUAUUCCUACUGGUCCCACACCACGCCCGCAGACAUCAACUAUGCAUCUCAGAAGCAAGUGUACCGGGACAUUGGCGAGGAGAUGUUGCAACACGCCUUCGAAGGGUACAAUGUCUGCAUCUUCGCCUACGGGCAGACGGGUGCCGGAAAAUCCUACACCAUGAUGGGCAAACAGGAGAAGGACCAGCAAGGCAUCAUCCCGCAGCUGUGCGAGGACCUCUUCUCCCGCAUCAACGACACAACGAACGACAACAUGUCCUACUCUGUGGAGGUGAGCUACAUGGAGAUAUACUGUGAGCGUGUGAGGGACCUCCUGAACCCCAAGAACAAGGGGAACCUGCGGGUGAGGGAGCAUCCCCUUAUGGGCCCAUACGUUGAGGACCUUUCCAAGCUGGCCGUGACCUCCUACAAUGACAUCCAGGACCUCAUGGACUCUGGGAACAAGGCUCGCACGGUGGCUGCCACCAACAUGAAUGAGACCAGCAGCCGCUCCCAUGCCGUGUUCAACAUCAUCUUCACACAGAAGCGUCACGACGCUGAGACAGACAUCACCACUGAGAAGGUCAGCAAAAUCAGCUUGGUGGACCUGGCAGGGAGCGAGCGAGCUGACUCCACUGGCGCGAAGGGCACAAGACUAAAGGAAGGAGCAAACAUCAACAAGUCCUUGACCACGCUGGGGAAAGUCAUCUCUGCCCUGGCCGAAAUGGAUUCGGGACCGAACAAGAACAAAAAGAAGAAGAAGACAGACUUCAUCCCCUACCGGGACUCGGUGCUGACCUGGCUGCUGCGGGAGAACCUGGGGGGCAACUCCAGGACGGCCAUGGUGGCUGCUCUCAGUCCUGCCGACAUCAACUACGACGAGACCCUCAGCACCCUCAGGUAUGCUGACCGUGCCAAGCAGAUCCGCUGCAAUGCUGUGAUCAACGAGGACCCCAACAACAAGCUCAUCCGGGAGCUGAAGGAUGAGGUGGCACGCCUGCGCGACCUUCUCUACGCUCAGGGUCUCGGAGACAUCAUUGACAUGACCAACGCCAUCGCCGGGAUCAGCCCCUCUUCCUCCCUGUCAGCCUUGUCCAGCCGUGCCGCCUCUGUCGCCAGCCUCCACGAGCGCAUCAUGUUUGCUCCGGGUAGCGAAGAGGCGAUUGAAAGGCUCAAGGAAACAGAGAAGAUCAUUGCAGAGCUGAACGAAACGUGGGAGGAGAAACUGCGGAGGACAGAAGCAAUCCGGAUGGAGAG